AUGGUAUGCUACAGCCUACCACGACGGUACCAAUGCCAUCCCGCCAGUGCCAUAUGGCUUCAAGGUACUCCGUACUCCCUACCGAGCUGUUGCGCGUGGGGGUUGCACGCUGUCCCGGAGCCGGAGGCAGUUUGCACUCUUGCGGGUUACCUACUCUUCUCUGAACUUGGUGCAGUGGUAGGGAGGCGGGAACUCGGUCCAACCGCGCGUGGGGGGGCUCACCGUCCCCCAUCCCCUUUCGGACGGAAGAGUCGCCGGCCCGCGAGCCGCCGCUGGGCUUUUCCCCAUCGUGCAUUCCGUCUCUGCGCAUCUGACCGCCGCCUUCAGCCACGUUGUAUAGGUAGCCUAUGGGAAUACGUAGUUGUACUGCAAAUUGUCCAUCAAGCCAAGUGA